AUGGACGGUCUUCGCGACAGUCAGCUGAGCCUACAGGCUCUGGAUAUCUUUCACGCCUGGCAUGAACAGGUGAAAGCCAGUUUGGCUUGUAAUAAUUUCGGCAACCUCGAUCUUGCUCCCAGCAGACUAGGCACUUGCCUUUCUACUCUGAAGGUGCUUUCGGUGUCUAUGACUGAUCCGGUGAUCGAAGAGCCUAAAUACAAUGUUCUUGUACCCGAGAAUGAACGACAGUGGCCCGGGCCUACAAUUUCCAGAGCCCAGAUUGUAGACGGAGGAAGCUAUACCGCCCUCCCAAAGAUGCUGGAACUGUGUCGAGGCUUAGAGGAGCUCAAAGUUGUAGCCUUCGCGCUCGAUUCCUCAGACGAAGAGCUACAAGAACUGCAAAAGACCAUGCGUCGCAAACACAUGCACCACCUUGCAUGUGCAACACCUCUCCACAAUCUACGCAAGCUGGAUCUGUCCUGUAUGCCAGUGCAAGACACCGAUAUACUCACCUUCUUCGCCAAUCAUAACGUAUCUCUCCGCGAAUUGGAAUUGACAGAAAUCAGGCUGGAAGGAUGCUUCCCAUCGGUCGUGUCAUACAUCACGGGAGACAGCAUGGCACUGGAAGGGAUUCGCCUAGAAAACAUUCACGAGUCUCACCAAUAUGUCCUUUUCCAAUGCGAUUGGGAACAUGAAGGGGUAGUUCCCGGUGACAGAGACGUCGUGAGGCGGUGGGGUCUGGAACGCAAGGCGGACAUAUCGUAUUUCCGCUGGGAAUUGGCGCUGCAUCCAUAUCCGUUGGUAUGGUAUUGGACGCUUGAAGAGCCGCCUCCGGAGGACGAGGACCAGGAGAUAGAAGAUUGA